AUGUCAAUUUGUCCAUACAUUGGAUUUGCUGGUUCAGUGUCCUCGCAUAAGGUGCUCAUGGAUCCCUUGACUGUUAUUUUGCCUCUUGAAUGUCAUGAUUAUGAUGUUGAAAUGAAGAUCACAGCUGCUCGUUUCUUUCAUGCAUUCAAGAUUGCUGUACAAGAACUAAAGGAAUACUAUGAGAAGAUACUUCCACGAGCUCAUGAACAUAAUCUCUGUAAUUCUAAGUUUCCUUACAUUAACAGCUAUUAUGAUGAAUGGGAAAAAAGGAAUGUUUCCUUUACAUGGUUUGAACAGUAUGAAGAUAAGCUUAUCUUUGCUGAGAAGGAAGAGAAUAAGGAUACUAUAUGUAUCAAAUUACCUGAACCUACUCUGUAG